GGCUCAUUAGAGGUCAUCCUAUCCCCAUACAGUUCCAGGAGACAGCCUGUCACUGUCACUAGUCUAUGGAGAAAAAUAUGAAGGAAGAAGCCACAGGAAGAGGUGUGGGGCGAGCAGGGGGAGGACAGGCAGCUGGACAGAGCCUGGGACUGGAGGACUUGACAACCACAGGGGUCUGCCACAGAUGGAGACAGCCAAGGGCCUUCGGUCCCUGCUCCUGCUACUCCUGGCCACAAAUGGGGCAAAGUCCUCCACUGUGCCAGAAAAAGAAGAGCCAAGAAAUGCCUGCAAAAGCCUCCUCAACAAGCCGGCCCAACCCGAUAACUACUACUUGAAGGACAUUAUCCAGUGCCUCGCUGACUGCAGGCAGGUGGGGAGCAGUGACUCCUGCACUUCGUGGAACCUGGAGAGACACUGGCUAUACUAUGAGUCCUACCUGGUGGAGAAUUCAAUGGGGACUGUGGACCGGCCUUUUGUGAAGUCUUUGAUCCAGAACAUCAGCACUGACACCUCAGAAGACCUGCUCUUCUCUCUGAAACCCUCCCAGAUCCCAAAUCAAGUGAUGGAGGGUGAGGACAAGCCCUCUGACAGAGUCUGGCUUCCCAAGAGCUUUUUUGGAUCCCUGCCAGGCAACAGGCCUAUGGUGCGCUUGGCUGUAACAGUUCUAGACAUCGGUUCAGGGAACAUCUUCAAGGGCCCUAGGCUCCUCCAGGAGGAGGGCAGCAGUGUGCUGAACAACCACGUGGUAGGCUUGAGUGUGGGCCAAGCGCCUGUCACUGGGCUCUCAGAGCCUCUGGAGAUCACCUUCUCACACCAUCGUCACCCCCCGAACAUGACCCUCACCUGCGUGUUCUGGGAUAUAACUAAAGGGCCCACAGGAGAUUGGGCCUCCAGGGGCUGCUCCACCCAGCUGGGAGCAGAGCAGACCGUGUGCCGCUGUGACCACCUGACCUUCUUUGCCCUGCUCCUGAGGCCAGUCUUGGACAGGGCCACUGUGAUGGUCCUCACACGCAUCUCCCAGGCAGGCUGUGGGGUGUCCAUGAUCUUCCUCAUCUUUGCCAUCACUCUCUACAUCGUUCUCAGGCUCUCCCUGAGGAGGUUCAAGUCAGAAGAUGCCCCCAAGAUCCACAUGUCCCUGAGCAGUAGCCUGUUCUUCCUGAACCUCGCCUUCCUGGUCAGCGUCGGGAGCGGCUCGCAGGCACCCAGUGUGGCCUGCUGGAUCCAAGGUGCUGUGUUCCACUACUGCCUGCUCUGCACCUUCACCUGGAUGGGCCUGGAAGCCUUGCACCUCUACUUGCUAUCCAUCAGGGUCUUCAACACCUACUUUGGCCACUACUUCCUGAAACUGAGCCUGUUGGGCUGGGGCCUGCCCGCCCUAGUGGUCAUCGGUGCCGGAAGUGCCAACAGCUAUGGCCUUUAUGCCGUCCGUGACCAAGAGAACCGUACAUCACUGGAGCUGUGUUGGUUCCAGAAAGAACCUGCCCUCUAUGCCACUGUCCAUGGCUACUUCUUCAUCACCUUCCUCUUUGGUGCUGUGGUGCUGGCCCUAGUGUCCUGGAAGAUCUUCACUCUGUCCAGUGUCACAGCGAACAAGGAGAAGAGACAGAAUUGGAAGGCUGUUCUCACCGUGCUGGGCCUCUCAAGUCUGGUGGGCAUGACCUGGGGGCUGGCCAUCCUCACACCACUAGGCCUGUCCACCAUCUAUAUCUUUGCCUUCUUCAACUCCCUACAAGGUGUCUUCAUCUUCUGCUGGUUCACCAUCCUCUACUUUCCAAGUCUGAGUUCCAAAUCCCCCUCCUCUGGCACCACCGCCCGCCUGGACCAAGCCCACUCCACAUCGCAACAGUAGGAGGCACAGCCCUGCUUUCUCAUCGGUUCUGGCUCACUGCGUGACCUCUGUGUCUCCCUGCUUUGUCCUAGGCCUCAGCCGCCUUCUCUGUACUUUGCGGCUGUAGAGGGAGAUGAUGGACCAGGUUGGGCCACGUGGCCACGUAUGUCCCACUCAGAGACAGACGUGGACCUGAGAGUCCACAUGUUUGGGUUAGCAGGAAACGGGAGUUCCUGUGGCCCCAAGAUGCCUGCCAACAAAGAGCACCACCAUCGCCUCCUUCCCUGCCUGCACAGCAAAGCACUCUGGAUUGCCACCCUUGCCCACCUUCUGGUCUCAGCAGGACCUGAGCCCAAACAGCCAGUCUGGUUUGCACAACACCCCCUCAAAGAGCACGCCUCUCCCUCUUUUCUCCCUGUCACAACUCUACUCUCUGGCUACCUGUGUCCCUGAAGGGUAUUCAGGAAGCCAUUAUCCCCUGGGGCAAGAGGGAGUUGUAGACUAGAAGUUAGCUUUGAGGAUGGGCUGAUCCUAAUCUCUGCCCACCCUACCAGUGCCCAUUCUCAUGGAAGAACCCCUAUCAUUCAGGUGGCUUCCAGCCCUCAGGGGCCUGGGUACAAAGGUUUCAGAGAUUGCUGCCCACCAUAUACACUCCCUAAAGUGUAUGAGUCACCAACCGCUAGGUGGGCAGCUAGACCUCUGAUCUGCUGUCAAGAUGGGUCAAGGGUUCGCACCCCCAUCCACUCAGUGUGUGGGGUCAAGGGGUGGUGGGGAGAGGGCUUGCUAGGCAGAGUGGACAUCCUCUCCACAAGUAGGGAGCAGAGCAGCCUCACUCACCAUUCCAGCCCAGUCCGAGCUCAGGGCUGGCCCAUGUCAAGCCAAACUGGCCCAGAUAUUUCAAUAAACUCUCACAUUUGCUGGUCAAGCAGAAUGAUGUAUUGGCAGGACUCUAAGUGAGGCCACACCCGGCCCAGGGACAUCACUUCCAGUAGCUGUGCCUCUUCCGAUCUGCAGGCAGGUUUGCCAGUAAGAAACAAAAAAGCAGCAGAAAGUAGAGAUAGAGGAGAGACACGUGGGGGGGGUGGGGCAGAGAGCCUUGACAGACAUGGACAGGAAACAGGCAGAGAGUGAUAGCCAGGGCCAGGACAGCAUCUGUCCCCUCCCCACAAGCUGUCACUCCAUUCUGGUCUUAGCCUGCCACCCACCUCCUCACCUGACCACCCAAUGUCACCAUGGACUGACUCUAUAGACAGGACUCAGUGUCUUUCUCAGAUACUCCCCACAGCCCCCCACACUGUGGGCUGCUCUCUGGGAGUGGGGGUGCAGAGGUCCACUGGGGAAGCACCCUCCCUUCUCCCUCCUCCCACCCAGCAGCAGGGUGUUGUUGCCAGGAGAGACAGGAAGGUGUCUCUUGCUUUGCGCAAGCCGCUGUGUUCCUGGAAGGGAAAUCCUGGGGUGUGGACACGGAGGGGCCAUGGUGUGCUUUAAUGGACAAGCAUGGUGACUUUGGGGACUUAUCUUUACAGACAACUGUUUCUCAUGCUGAAGGGCUCUGCUCCCUUACCCCAAAGUCUCUGAGUCAGUGACCUGAUUGACCAGAGCAACACCUGUUCCUGUUGGUGUCUGACAGGCCUGACUCAGCUCCUCUGGAGCUGUGUGACCCUGGGCCUGUCCCCUCCUCUCCAGGCCUUAUUUCCCCUCCCUUAAAAUAGGGAUAAUGAAGUCCCUGCUUCCUCCUAAGAGCAUUAUGAUUU